AUGAGAGACAGAACGUGCGAGUACUUGGACUGCCUCCUGCAGAAGGCGAGGGAGAAAGUCCGGGCGAGAGACGCCCUCAGGAAGAAGCUGCAGGAGUACAAGGAGAGAAACAGAAUCCUCCCAAAGGCCCCGGAUAAGCCCACGACUCUCUCCGUCUCUGCUGCCGUCCUGGGAAACUACGUGGAAAGUCGCGUUUGUGCGUAUAGGUACAGCAAAGAGUGCGAAGAGUGCGGGAAUGAGGUCUAUUUGUGCGGGGUAAACUGCAAACUGUGCGGACUAUGGGCGUGCACUGUAUGCAUCGAGUCCUACGAGGGAGUGAGUGCUUGCGGGGAGUGCUGCCUCCUUUUGUCGCGCCCUGAGAGAAGGCGGGAGGCAAGGGCUGAGGAAGUCGCUGGGAAGUGGUUCGCCCUUUUGAAGGAGACUCUCCAGAGGCCGUGCAGUGAGAGCGUGCAGGAGCUGGCCAGACUCUAUCAGGGGGAAAAUUCCGUUGAAAAUCAGGUACGAAAAAACCUUAUCACGCGAAUGAAAAUAGCCGUUUGCGACUGGCACGCGUACAAGGCACGGGAGGAGAAGUACUUCCUCCUGGUGCAGCAGCUAGACUAUCUGGAGGCAGAGAAGGCCAGGAAGCGAGAGAAUUCGGGGGUCCUGGAGAGGGCCAUAGAGGAAAUCCUCUGGGAAAUUGGAAGAGAAAGCAAAUAA